UUGUCUGUGUUUCUGUAUAAUAGCAUGGAUAUUAAGACAGCAAGGAGUACUGUGGGUUGGACACAGAAAUCAGCUGCUCAAUAUAAUCGGCUUCAAACAGCACCAACAAGCCCUGGAGUUUGCACUUUCUGGUUAGAAGGGAGGUGCAAGCGGAAUCCCUGCAGGUUUUUGCACGACGCAUCUCUUCCAUGCAAUGUUUACCAUCGAGCUGCAAAGCUGUCCAUGCCUGAGGAUGGCCCUGGGAAGGGCCCUGAAUCUAGUGUGGUGAAUUCAGCGAAUUCAUCUUCUAGAAAGGGAGGCGAUUCAUCAAUAGAAAAAAACCCUCAAACGCCCCAAGAAAAAGUCUGCCGCUACUGGAUAUCGGGCAAUUGUGUGAAAGGCGAUGCAUGUCCUUUCUUGCAUUCACGGUUUCAAGGUGUUGAUUUUGCCAUGCUGGCUAAGCUUGAGGGGCAUAAAAAGGGUGUUUCUGGAAUAGCACUUCCUUCUGGAUCUACCAUGCUCUACUCUGGAAGCAAAGAUGGAACGAUACGAAUCUGGGACUGUCACACUGGUCAAUGUGUUCAAGUGAUCAACCUCAGGGGAGAAGUUGGGUGUUUCACUUGUGAAGGUCCUUGGUUGUUUCUUGGCAUGCCUAACACAGUUAAGGCAUGGAAUAUCGAGAAUGGUGCUAGUUACAAUAUCAGUGGACUAGUUGGACAGGUCCACACUAUGGAAGUUGGUAAUAACAUGCUUUUUGCCGGAGCUGAGGAUGGCACUAUCUUGGUGUGGAAAUGGGGUAGUGAGGCUGAUCCUUUUCAGAUGGCUGCGCCUCUAAGGGGUCACACUCGGGGCGUGGUAUCCUUAACUGUUGGAUGUGACCGGUUGUAUUCAGGUUCCAUUGACCAGACCAUAAGGGUGUGGGACUUGCACACUCUGGAGUGUGUUCAGGAACUUGUUGGACACACUGAUGUGGUGAUGUCACUUCUUUGCUGGGACCAGUACUUGAUAUCAUGUUCAUUGGAUCAGACAGUUAAGGUCUGGGGGGCCACUGAAGGAGGCAGCUUGGAAGUUGUGUAUGCACAUCAUGAGGACCAUGGUAUUCUUGCACUUUCAGGGAUGAGUGAUGGCGGGUGCAAGCCAGUCCUCCUUUGUGCAUGCAUCGACAACACUGUUCGCUUGUAUGAGCUCCCAUCGUUCACUGAAAGGGGCAAGAUAUUCUCAAGACGAGAAAUUAGGACUCUUCAAACAGCUCCUGGGGGUCUUUUCUUCACGGGAGACACCACGGGGAUGCUGACUGUUUGGAACUGGUUGGAUCUUCCAAAGAGCCAACAAGAGCAGCUUCCUCAUUUGAUGGAGUCAUGCUAAGUAGAAGAGAGAAUAUUGACAUCGGAGUUCAAAUUUUGCAAGGAAGACGAUGUCAUCCAUGCCCUGACGCAAGUGGGAUGUGAUUUGAAGCAAGAAACGGGUCCUGCUACUCUGUCUGCACCACGAUCCCAGCUUUUGGUCUCUGUCGUUUUUGUAUAGACAUUAGUUUUUUGUACAGCAACGGUUGGACUUGUACAUGAUUCUUCAUUAGUAAAUGAAAUGCCCUUUUCUAUUCAA